CUCUCUCUCUCUCUCUCUCUCUCUCUCUCUUUCUCUCUCUCUCUCUCUCUCUCUCUCUCUCUCUCUCUCUCUCUUCAUCUUUCUUUCACCAUCUCCCUCUGUCUCCUUUCUUGUGCGCGCGCGACGACACGUCGGAAGGGAGAAGCUCCGAGGGUGCGAGGAGACGCGUCGCAGAAACGCGUGCAGCUACGUCCACGCGCCGCGUGACAUCGUCCGUGAUCGCGCGAUAAAGUCGCGACGAAGCUGGAGAAACGACGACGAGGAGAGACGACGGAUUCAAGGUGGAAAGAAAAAUGCGGUGUCCUUCCCUCGCCGUUUUCGUCGCCGUCCUAACGACCAUACGAGCUCAAGGGGUCACGCGAACAUUUUCGACUAGGCCUUACCGAGGAGGUCCAGCUAUCCCCGUGAGGGCGGUUCUUCGAGGUACGGCCGAGCUACCCUGCGAUAUUCGUCCACCACGACACAACGACUCGACCGUUUCGGGACACGACUCUGCCAUUUUGAUCGUCUGGUACAAGAACGACAUGACACCCAUCUACAGUUACGACAUGAGAGGAAAACAUUCAGAAAAGGCAUCGCAUUGGAAGGACAAGGAGCAUUUGAACGAAUUCACGCAGUUUCGAAUGAAUACUGAUCCAGCUAUGUUAGUCAUCAGUGACGUCGAGGAAAAAGACGAGGGAGAUUAUAGAUGUCGGGUGGAUUUCACUAAGAGUCCCACAAGGAACUCAAGGAUUUAUCUAUCUAUUAUUGUACCACCGCAUAAGCCAAACAUCAUCGACGAACGUGGAAAAACUGUAUCGACCGUGGCCGGACCAUACGAAGAGGGUGGUAUUAUGAAGUUAACGUGUUUAGUAUCAGGAGGUCGCCCGGAACCUACGGUAAAAUGGUGGCGAGGAGAAACCCUAUUAGAUUCGAAGGACGUGCCUGGAGAGUUUCCAUCCCUUCGUCGAAAUACUCUGCUCGUGACCGAUCUUUCCAGAGCGGAUCUUCACGCUGUCUUCACCUGUCAGGCUUCCAACAAUAACAUCAGUCAACCGGAGUCGGCCUCGGUUGCGAUCGAAAUGCAUCUGAGACCUUUGAGCGUGAGUAUACUUAGCAGCGAGCACGCACCACUCAGCGCAGAUCGGAAAUACAAUAUCAGUUGUAUGACAGUCGGUUCAAGGCCACCGGCUAAAUUAUCCUGGUACAUGGAUCACAAAAAGAUGGAAAAUUAUACGGAGAAGGUAUCGGCCGAUGGGAAUAUGACAAGUUCAAUCUUUACCUUCAAGCCUACCCUAGACGAUCACAACAAAAUAUUGGCCUGUAAAUCUGAGAAUAACAAGGUUCAUAGUGGCGUCGUCGAGGACACCUGGAAACUGAACGUUUUCUUCGUUCCUACCUUACAAUUGGAGCUUGGUACCAACAUGAAUCCCGACGACAUAGAGGAAGGCGACGAUGUCUACUUUGAAUGUAAGGUUCAUGCGAAUCCCUGGGCUUACAAAGUCGUCUGGAAGCACAACGGCAACGUCAUUCAGAACAACGCGAAGAACGGCGUGAUAGUGCAACAAUACGAUCUCGCUCUAAGAAAAGUCAAUCGUUCCCAGGCCGGAAAUUACACCUGCGUCGCUAGCAACGUCGAGGGCGAUGGUUAUAGCAAUAUCGUCGAGCUCAAAAUCAUGUACAAGCCAAUCUGCGUGGCCGAACAAAAGCGCAUAUAUGGAGUGGCACGUCACGAGGACGCCGGGGUGGUCUGCAGGGUCGAAGCGUAUCCACCUCCCGAAAGCUUUCGGUGGGCCUUCAACAAUACCGAGGAGAUGGUCGACGUGCCCCAGGCGCGUUACAAGAACUCCACUCGACACAGCCAAAGCGUCCUCACAUACAGACCGGUCACGGAAAUGGACUAUGGCACUGUGCUUUGUUGGGCAAGCAACACUGCCGGCCAGCAGAAGAAUGCUUGCAUAUUUCACAUCAUACCCGCGGGAAAACCAGAAUCUCCUUACAAUUGCACGCUGACCAAUCAAACAACCCAAUCACUUUCGGUGGAAUGCACCGCCGGUUUCGAUGGUGGUCAACCGCAACAUUUCUUUCUAGAGGUGUUCGAUCAAGAAACGGGUAUUCUACAAGCGAAUGUUACCAGGGAUAACCCUCAAUUUACAGUACAAGGGUUGGAACCGGGCAAAGUUCUUAACAUGAUAUUGUACGCCGUGAAUGCGAAAGGAAGGAGCGAAAUGAUCUUGCUCGAAGGUUUUACUUUAAAAGUGGCCGAGAAGCAGACCGUGCGCGUUUUGUUUACAGGUACUCCGGUGCCGUUCGAAAUAACACCUCUGUUAGCUGGUCUUAUCGGUGUAGUUAGUGCCAUGCUUUUAGUUACCGGGACAAUUUUAGCAGCACUCAAAGUACGAAGCGAGAGACGAGCUCAGAGACCAGGUGAUUUGCCCUUGAAAAAAGCUACAGCACCCAGUUCAGAGGAUCUUUACGAUGCAGAUGAUAGAAAUCCAGACGUCGUGCCAACUAAUAAAGAUUCAGAUUAUCAAUUGACUGGAUCAACCUCGGGUACACCAUUGGCAACGCAAGAUACACCGGAUGGUUUACCACCAUCUUCACUUCCAACGCAACAGAACAAUCAUCUUCAAGGACUUACCGGUUACAACGAAUACAACAAUUAUCCAACCUUACCGUUAUCCGGGGAAGUGACGUAUGCAGAACUUUGCUUGGCGAGGCCAACCACCCUAUCAACUUUGGGAACAGACACGAAGCUAGCGAAUUUAGGAAGUGUUACCGGUCUCGGAGGUCUUCAGGGAUAUGGAAGCGGUGUUAUCGUCGGCGGAAAAUCGUACGCAAAGGAGGCCACGGUAUACGCUUGCAUAGACCACAGCGCGAGGCCACCGAAAAUAGACACGGUGAAGAGUACAUCUUCAUGCGGUAGUACGCCGCUCUCGACGAUGAGCGGACUUCUGCAUGAUUCAACGGUGACCGGAAUGACUGGUAUCACCGGAUUGACCGGUACUACGAGCAAGCAUCCAGCAAGGGAAGUCGUCACCGUUCGCACGCCACUUAUUUCGAGCCAGGAAAGCUGCGUAUAGGGACGCGAUUCCGACGCGCUCGGCGUUAACGAAUAUUACGUCUGAUAUGGCCGCGUCGCAUCCCACGCCAAUGAGUCUCCUCCGAACCAGGAGCCGUUCAAAUACAUACCGCAAAUUGCUACAACAGGUAUGCCAGUAGCCAACCACACGACACAUCUUCUUAUAUUCUUAUUAGUCACAUUCUUUCUCCGUGCGUCGUCUAAAAUUCAUUCCCAGCUCUUUCUUAACAGAGAACGAUUUUAUCCCCAUCCAAUCUUUCCCUUCCCAUUUUUCUUCUGAUUCUAAUAUCUUCGGCAUUAUGACAAUGACGACGACGACGACGAUGACGACGAUGACGACGACAAUGACGACGAUAAUGACGACGAUGAUGACAAAUCUAUUUCACGUUACAUCGAUCCCAAGAUUCUUUGAUAAUCUUGCGUGCCUAAUGUACACGCCUAUUAGCAUAGGUACAUACUUAUGUCUCUUUGCCUAAAUUAAUUAAUUAAAAAAGAAAAAAAAAAAAACGAGAUAUAAAUGCUAUGGAGAAAUGUUGAUAAGAAGAUGAUUUUUAGAUCGGUUUCUCGUUCAAUUUUCACGAGAGAUCAAAGCCCGUUUUUUGCGCGACUCGAUAUGCUUUUUUCGUUUUCGCCGCAACAACGAGGUCGAUGACGACACAACGACGACGACGACGACGACGACGACGACUUAGACUAUUACAACUAUGACUACGACUACGACUAUGACUACGACUACGACUACAACGAUUAAAAUGACGAUCGUCGCCCUUCAUUGGACGCGGAAAAAACGCGAUAUUUGAAAUUUGCGGACGGACGUGCUGUCCUAUCGACUGAUGACAAACGCGCACAACGUCGAAACUGGCACGGAAGCGACGCGGUCGUUCGCACGAUAGAUACCUAUAUAUGUAUGUAUCUAUAUAAAUGGUAUAUGCAGAGAUGAAUUUUCUUAUUUGGAACAUUUUGCGAUCGGUAAAACUCGGCGCCGUAUGUUACGACGUGUAUCGUACGCACGAACGUUAACGGGUGUCCAUUAUCGUACGAAUCUAUCAAUCUUUUUCCGCGUAUAUCCAAACGCGAAUUUUGUAAAUAUCUUGUACAUAACGAUGCGACGAGUGAGGGGAUGAAAGAAAAGUUUAAUUGUAUGACGAAUAACAAAGACAGGGACGAAGGACUGUCGUCGAUAUAGUUCUCUUCGCGACAAGACAAAUAUGGACGAAUGUAAUAACACGUCGCGAUCCGAUGCAAAUUGGUACGUUGGAAAUUUUUCCAUGACAAUAAUUUCUUUUCGUCGAUCACUCUUAACACAUUGUCCAACUCAUACCCGCAUGUUUCUACGCGUUUCUCAAUGCCGCUCGUUACGUUUACUCCGAUCGACUUAUUUCUCGAUCGAUCAUUAAAUUUUUACACACUCGAAUCUCAAUCGACUUCGUUAGAUAAAAAAAGAAAAAUAAGAAAAAAAAAAAGAGAAAAGAAAAAGGAAAAAGGAAAACGAAAAAAAAAAAAAGAAGAAAGAAAAGGUAAGAAAGAUUUGCUCUUUCACCGACUCUCUCGACUGCUCGCGACUGAAUUACGUCAAUGUACACAAACGAUAUUCGUAUAGUGCGAAAAGGACGUCGAAACGAGGACAAGUUCCUUCGUUUUAUUCACCUUUAUCCAUUGUAAUAUAUAUUCUCCUCCGAUGUACAGCGCCAAUAUUUUUUCAAAGUGCGCGUAAGCGAUACCUCCGCGCGAUGUGAAUUGAGCAAAGAGGCGAUAAUUACGGAAAGAAAACGAGUGUAUAAUUAAUAAACGUUCGAAGUAAAUUUAAGCAGAGCAAAUAUAAAGAUAUAUUAUAUAUAUAUAUAUAAAUAUAAAUAUAAAUAAAUAUAUAUAUAUAUAUAUGUAUAUAUAUAUAUAUGUAUAUAUAUAUAUAUAUAUAUAUAUGUAUGUAUGUACAUGUAUGUACGAAUGUGCGCGCGCGUGUGUGUAUGCGAGUAUGCAUGUAUACAUGAAAAGCAAAUGCGAAAUUAUAUUAUCGGUGGAGUGCCGAUCCUUCCGACAUAUAAUUCAAAAUACGUGUACUGCUGGUAUUGAAGAUUAAGUGAAACAUCGAUUUUACUUAAAAGCUCGUUUCGUAUAAUAAUCAUGUUAUUCUCAUUUUCUUCCAUCUCGAAGUUUCGCCGAAAUAAUCGAAGAGAUAUGCGAUUAUUGAUUCAUUGAAUUAUUUUGUCCAACUAUUCAUCAGGAUAAUCGGUGCUCCACUAUAUACAUAUAUAUUUAUUCCACGUGCGUGCGAAUGCACGAAAGACUAUCGAGAUAUUUGCGAGCGAGUACGAGCCAGUACGAAGGCAACAAAGUAUAACGAGUUUAUCUUCGCCAGUUUUUAUAUUUUUCAUUCGACAUCGAUACCUCGUAAUUUUUUUCCGUCGGCCUCUUUUUAAUGAUAAUAUCAUCGUACGCUUACUGCAAAGCUUCGAACUUUUGAAUACGUCUAUCUUUAGAAUUCGAUUAGUUCGAUUAAUUCGAGUUUGAAUUCUUCGAAUAGUUUCUAUCGACUCGUCCGAAGAAUCGAUCUCGUUAUUUCUUUUUUUUUUUUUUUUCUUUUUUCUUUUUCUUUCUUUCUUUUCUUUUCUUUUCUUUUCUUCUCCCCCAUAAAUAAAUCAUUUAACGUGUAUCAUUAUCGCUAUGCACAAUAUGGAAAGGGAACAAGGCGAAAAUAUUUUUCAUCGUAACUUGUCACAAACAUUUCAAUAUUUUUGGUUUACCGCGAUAGAUCGUAGGAACAAGAAGGAAACCGAUGAAUAUGCAAUGUAAUGCGGAGUCAGUGUGCAUACAGUUUAAAAGGGAUCAAGAAAAUACACGAGAUGACAACCUACCCACGUACAUCACUAAAUUUCGUUUCAUUGCCUUUUAUCUGGGAAUAAUUUUAAUACUAAAAUAUUAUUCCUCUUAACGCUCAAAAAACACUUUGAAUAUUCCGGACUCCUUUAUCGUUGUUCGGACUAUGAAAAGGAAACGCUGAAUAUGCAAUUCAAAGAAAGCCGAUGUGUACGUCUGCAUGCGCGCUUGCGAAAAAUAUAGAGGGAGAAAAGGAACGAGAUACAUAAAGAGAAAAAAAAAGAGAGAAAGAGAGAAAGAGAGAGAGAGAGAAAGAGAGAUAACGAGAAAGAGAGAGAGAGAGAGAGAGAGAGAGAAACUAAGGUAAAGAUCGAAAGAUUGCUACGUGUAAAAAUGAUUUUAAAUGACGUUACACUUACAUAGGUAUAUGCAUACUGCACGUAUAAAUACAUAUAGUUAAACUAGAUAUUGAACAUUAGAUUUAAAAAUAAUUACUAUGCGCUGUUAGUCCCUGUGAAAAUGGCUGGGAAUUAUUAAAGGUCGAAGAGAUAUGAGAAACUCGGCCGCUAACGUCCCAACUAUAUUUCUCGGAGUUGAAAGUUCCAGAAAUAGAGUCACUAGGUCGACGAAGCCAGGCUUCAUUCGCUUUUUCAUCUCAUCAAUGUACUCAACGAGAGAUUGAUUUCAAAAGAGAUCACCGGUUCUGAACAGCCGUAACCCAUUUGCCAAAUCAUUUUGAAUUUAAAGGUCAAUUUCGAAGAACGCUUAUGAAUUUCUACGUAAAUACCUAUGAAUAUGUGGCAUACUGAACAAAAUCGUAACUCGCGGUAUCGUAAAAAAAAAGUGACAAUACUUACCUGACAUUUGUUGAUACAAGCGGAUAAUUGUGUUUCUUCUCUCUUCGUCCAUCUCUUUAUCUUUCUCUCUCUCUCUCUCUCUCUCUCUCUCUCUCUCUCUCCCUCUCUCGUUUUUUCUUUUUUUUUUUUUUCUUUUCUUUCUGUCUAUCUCCUUUUUGUUUUUGCGCGAAUUCGCGUUAUGAAUGCGAUCAUUUGUGUCCUUCAGUUUUUGUUCCUGCGUUUCUAGGAUUUAUACGAAUCGAAAGAGAUCCUAUAAUAUGUUACACUUUUUUGUAACAUCCACGGACGAGUAUUAUUAUUCUCUCUAACAAACUACAUUUCCACGGAGCGUGUUUGUCACGAUGUUAUCAUUACUAUUAUUCAUCCUUAUCGUAUGUCACACACUGUCGUCCUUAAAUUAAUAAUUUUUCUACGCGAAAGCUGUGCGCAACGGCAUAGAUUUUUUAUAUAAUUAUACGUCAAAGUUCGUCUACGAAGCGAAGACGCGUGCAUGAGUGCGUGAGUGUAUGUGUGAGAAAGAGAGAGAGAGAGAGAGAGAGAGAGAGAGAGAGAGAGAGAGAGAGAGAGAGAGAGAGAGAGAGAGAGAGAGAGAGAGAGAUAACUGGUAAAAGAAGAAAAAUAAAAAAAAAUAGUCGUUCGAAACGUGCGUCCACGCACGAAAUUUUGCGCUUCCGUUUACGUUUCCCAAUGUCCGAAUUGAACUCUCGACGAGUGAAACGUACGUGCGCUGAAAAUUGAAAUUACGACGACCAUAUUAUGUGUAUUUACAAUAAUUAUAGAUCUCUCUCUAUAAAUAUAUACACAUCAGCAUAAUCCGAAUAAACGUGUUGAUAUGAAAAGCCAUGUUGAUCAUCGCGGUUUAGCUAUCGGCCGCUUUUGCAAUGACGGAUGUAUCAAACAUGCUUUUAAUUUUGUCUAUAUAGAUCACUUUAAUUCAUUUCCAGUUAUUUCAGUAGUUUGAUCCUAAAAUGCAACAUCGGCCGUUGGCUUAACAUACCUUAUUUCUUUUUACCUAUAUUCACAGCUUUAACUUUUCACAUAAUGUCUACUUGAAGGCUAAAUAUUUUUUAUUACGUCUAGAGCUGCAAAUACGCGGACGGCCAUCGCAGGACAACUCACAUCGGUAGGUAAGUAUAUUCUUACGACGUGGGGGAUCUUUUUAUGAGUUGCGAAAGGAGGACGGCUAGAAUAAUGUCUCUAUUUUGCCUACGAUCGCAAUUGGCAACGCAAGCCGAUCAAUGAAAACACCUGGAACAUUCUACGAAAUCGAAGUAAUGUAGAGAGAAAGAAUAUUGAAAGAGGGAAAGUACUGUCGAUACACUGUGUAAGGUCGUUGCACCGAUCCGUGCACGAACAAGAAAUUGUAGAAGAAAUAAUAUAAAGAGGAGGUACGGUCAAACGAGGCUAUUUGAAGCGUUCAUGGUUAGAAGUGUAAGGCGAUAUGAAUAUGGGAAAGGGCACUGUUAUGGAAAUGUGGAUUUUUAAAAGAACCACGAGAGAAAAUACGGGAGACGAUAGUAGGCGAACGAGAAGGAGGGAAGGUACGAAAAAGGGCGUACUUUUAGAGACUUGUGAAUUUUUCACAAGGAUAAUACGGCUCAGGGUAGAUCCUGCUAUUAGGCGAAAGGAAGGACAAAUUUUCUUUUCUUCUCGACGCUAUACGCGGCAAACGAAACGAUCCAGGUCGAAAGGGAAGACGGUAAAGCUUUACCUCGACCUUUACUUAUACUAUUGUCCUUACGUAUACCAUAUCCAUCUGUCAACCUUCGUCGAUGUUAAAAAAGCAAAGCAAAAGGAAUAUAUCGUGAACAUACUUUUUAUUUUUCUCUCUCCCUACUAACCCCACUGUAACCUCCACACCACCCCCAUAAUCGUUCAAUUUAUAUAGCGCUAAGUGGAGCCGCUUCUUCCCCGUCCGAUCACCAUUACUCAAAGUAAGCGAAGGAGCUUUUUCUUUUAGUGCCAAAGCAGAUAUCGAUAGGUAGAACCUUCCUUCGGGUAAUUAAGUGCUUUCCAACCAUUAGUCAAGCUAAAGCCUCCCUCGCGCUCGAUCCUCGAUAACGAAGACGGCAGCACUCGUGAUCUAAUCGUACUUUAAUUACACAGAAUUCGAGUAACAAUUGAAGCCGUUUCAUACUACUGACUGACUAACUAGAUAUAUCUUAUGAGUCUUCUAUUUCCUCUCUGCAUCGAGAAAGCAAUAAACCAAUGAUUAUAUAUAAUACAAAGCAAUUCGAAAACUACAAGAAAUAAACUACAAUGAACGAAUAUAAAAGAAUAUAUGUAUUUACGUAAAUACGCGUUUUUGUUAUCCGUCACCAUCAACCUUCUCCAUCUUCUCGUUAUAAGUGGAUUCGUGAAAAUCAAACUUUUUCCAAGAUAAUGAUAAAUCGAUCGACCCUACGAUAAAUUAUCGUCGAAAGUUAGCCGCCAACGAGAACGAGAGGAUGACGGGACGGACCGAUGACUCUCUUUGGGACCUCUUUCUCUUCGUAGCCUAAAACCGUCGUUUCGGUUCCGUCGAUAAUGUUAAUAAAUUCAAGAGAAUUCGGCCGAGCUCGUAGCUACGAUGAAAUACGUCGGAGAAAUUUGCGUGAACGAGAUAUCGAUCCGUCGAGCAUCGAACAGUCUUUUCAUGCCAGUCAGUCGGCCGACUGCUGCGCCAGCGAAGGUCCGCUUCGCUCUUCGGAUACGCAUCGCAGCGUACCACCGAUGACGCCUAAUUGCAUAAAUAAUUCAACGGACACGGCCGCUGCAGUUAUAGUUAUUGUCCGGGUAUAACGAAGCGUCAGACUGUUAUUCAUCGGUUAGCUCGUUAGUUCGAGCGGAUCCUCUCGAAAACUUUAACCACUCGAUUUUUCUCACCUUCGAACGAUCGUAAAACGUUCCUAAAAGAAAAUCAAAUUAUUUUCUCAUCGAUCAUGAAAAUUUUUCUUACCCUAGAGAACUUUGCAAUCCUCGUGACUGCCAAUACUAUCAUAGAUAUAUAAUACUCAAAUCGAAAAUAAUUUCGUAUAUAUUCGAGUAUAAUAGACGUUAAGAUCGGAGUCAAGGAGUUUUAGCGACUUAUUCACGGAUAGAAUUUAUCUUACUCCAUCGAGUUUGGAAAGAUCGACUCAAGAGUAUUUUCAAGUACCCUCUUGUCUACGGAGACGAGAAGUUUCUGCUCGUGACGUCCCUUAAACGUUUCAGAUGAGCUUUCAGGGACGAGACGUCAUACGAGUAAUCGCUCGUCUCUUAGUUAUCGUCGAAAACGUUUAUCGAGAAGACUAUUUAUUUCUUUGACGCCGUCGUCGUCCUAACGUCGUAUUCGUCUUAUCUCUCGUAUAAUAACCUAUCAAGAAAUUACCAUCUUUGUUCCAAGGACUUCGGAAGAAAGAAAAAAAAAAAAAAGAAAAAAAAAAGAAAGAAAAGAAAAAUUGAUGACGAAAUAAAGACACCCGUGUCGAGGAACACAUGAGUCAGGAGCAAUGGAUGGAGAGGUUGGUGGAAAGGUAUAAUUCGUCGAAACAUUAACAGAAGGAGGAUAAAGUAAGAGUGGCUUUUUUUUUUCAAAAACUUUUUCAGGACUCCGUACGUAAUGGCUGAAGUGGAGGACAAAUUUUCUCUGGAGUAUUUCGCGGGUCACGAUACAUGACACUGGACGUGACCCAUUACCGUACAACGUAUUUAUUCUUCGUGAACCAGGAAAUGGAGUAUUAGUGAGAAUAGUAGGAGACAGGUAGACAAGGAAACAGAGAGAACAAUGUAGAAAG